CGCCGUUCGAAGCUAAAUUUCAUAUGUUCUCAAAAAAAAAAAAGCAAAAGAAAAAAAAAGCUUUUUCCAUAUUCCGUGAACGCGAACAGGCAAAGUGUUUGCGUUCCAGCCACGCCCUGCGGUUUGUCUUUAGUCACGUGAUUGAUGUUAAACUAGAGAAGUAAGCGAUCUUAAAAUUAUUUAUACUAAAUGACAGCUCCAUAGUCAGAACUUCCUGCUCCCUCAACCGGAACAUUUCUCUCCACUUGGAAGAUCUGUGAAUGCAUAGCUAGCAACCAUGGCAGCCCUGGGUAGCAAGUCGUCUCAAGAGAUCAGCGAGUUACUGGACGAGUAUGGAAUUAAACACGGCCCUGUCGUGGAUUCUACCCGCGGCCUUUAUGAGAAGAAGCUGAAGGAAGCCAUGGCUAAGGACACGCCAGUGAAGAAACCGUCUGAUAGAACCUACUACAGAGAGGAGCAGACGGAAGUAACUUAUGUCCAUCGUCGUGUCCCACUGAAAAGCGAGGCUUUGGUGGACAGCGGCAGGUCCUACACCAGCACGGCUGACUACCGGGAGCCGGAGGAUGAAAGCUGGGAUCAAGGGAGGUCCUAUACCAGCACCACCAAAUACCGGGAGCCCGAGGAUGAAAGCUGGGAUCAGAGGAGGUCCUAUACCAGCACCACCAAAUACGGGGAGCCAGAAGUUGAAAGCUGGGAUCGUGGGAGGUCCUAUACCAGCACAAAGUCCCAGGAGCCGGAGGGUGAAGAUGGCGAUCGGCUGUAUCAGGCAGAGACAGCCCACCGCUACACUUCCCGCUCCCAGCCGCCCGUGAGGUCCCCCAGCGCCCCCCUGAAGGACAGCUCCCAGCCCGGCCGUCUCAUCCCGCUCUGGUUCCAGUUCCUGGUGUUCCUGGUGGUAGCAGCGUUCCUGUACUACGUUUUCACCAGCAUGGAGGUCAACGAUGGAAACCCCUUCAAACAAGUUGCAUGAUCUUUGAUGCAUUUUAUUUUAAAUGUUUUUUUGUUUUUUUAUGGCAUUCUUGUUUCUUUGAUAUUUUUAAAUACAAUUUUAUACGCACCCCAUUGCACCCAGUGUUUAGAAUAGAUCCUUUCCCAGUUUUUAACUGAUGUAAGACGGUCAAUCUGAUUGCACAAUGCCCAUACAGGAUUUUAGUCGGUGAACAGAAAAGUCAUUAUGAACUUUAUUUAGAUAUUUAAUGACAUUGUUUAAUGACAUUUAAUGACGUUGUAUACAGUGCUGUAUUGGGUGUUCACAGUGAUGGAUGUAUACAGUGCUGUAUUGGGUGUUCACAGUGAUGGAUGUAUACAGUGCUGUAUUGGGUGUUCACUGUGAUGGAUGUAUACAGUGCUGUAUUGGGUGUCCACAGUGAUGGAUGUAUACAGUGCUGUAUUGGGUGUUCACAGUGAUGGAUGUAUACAGUGCUGUAUUGGGUGUUCACAGUGAUGGAUGUAUACAGUGCUGUAUUGGGUGUUCACAGUGAUGGAUGUAUACAGUGCUGUAUUGGGUCUUCACAGUGAUGGAUGUAUACAGUGCUGUAUUGGGUGUUCACAGUGAUGGAUGUAUACAGUGCUGUAUUGGGUGUUCACCGUGCUGUUCUGGUGGUACUUUGGAAUGCUGAUUGUUAGCAGUUUUCUGCUAUAUAUAACACCCGGCAUUAGUGAUCAGUAAUCAGUCAUAUUUUCCCCUUAAAAUUCAUUCAGAAAUGAAUAUUUACCAGUUCUUUAAAAAAUUGUCUUCCGUUUCCCUUCGGUUUCUAUAAUCCAAAGGCUUUUUAAGUGUACGUGCUGUCCCGUCAUAGACCUGGAUCAGUUUCUAUGAAUGUAGAGUGGACCUGGGGCUCAGACACUGAUCCAGGAACAGUGUUCAGUCUGGCCCCCGACAAUCCCCCCGACCCCCUCCUCGGGCUUCUUAAGGUUGUGCCUUAGCCUUUCGGUUGUCAUCUUAAAAACCGAUGAACAGCCAUUAACUGUGUUCUUAGUAUGGUGUAGUUUAUGUACGAUGAGUGAGCAUUAUCUAUGAUUAUAUACUUUUAUUUUGUAUAUUUGCCUGUUUGCCUAUUUGUUUUUCCAUGACUUGGGCACAUGUUGUAUUUAGAGAAUCCUGUGAUUCACCAUCAGAUUUACUCCAUCUGAGUUCACAGCUAUGUUUCUGAUGUACUGCUUCGUGUCAGUUCCCAUCCAGACUUGGGUAUUUUAACCAUUGAAGUGUCGAUCUGUAAUUUUUAAUAAGAAAAAAACGUAUUUGAUACCUGCUGUCAGUGCUCCUAGUGGCUAAUGGCACCACCAAUCACCACAGAUGUACACAAAAUCUACCAUAAUUGAGAAAUUAUGGAUAGACACUUUAAAUACUUCAACCACUAAAAUCCCUCUAGACCGACAAUUUUAAAGCAACAUCUAUGUUCAUCUACAUUGUUUUCACAUUUUCCCGGUGUCUACAAUGUUCAUAUAUUUCAAAUGCACAUGUGACCCUUGGUCUGCAACCUGUAUUGCUUUACUUGUAGAAGGGAGAAUAAAUCCAGCUGGUUAAAUUAGAGUUAAAUUAGAUAAAUAAAUUUAUUGCCAAACUGCUCGCUACUCUGUAAUGUUUUGUGCUGUUAAUGUAACUUCUCUGAAUGCUUUUCAGAUGUAUUCAUGUUGAUGCAUUCUGAGAUAAUUCUGCAUUUCCUUUUAUAGAAAGGGGGGGUGGGAUUUUGUAGUGGUAAUUGUCAUCUGAAUUUUAUCUGAAUAAAUUCUGAUUGAAAUUUUA